UAUCCUUUGUCCAGAUGUUCUCAAAGUACAAAUGGCGCUUAAUAUUCCCACAACACAGAAUCCCACUCUUCAUUUCCAUUCCAUUUCACCAUAACCUAAAUUCAAUUUCAUAAGCAUUGUCACCACCCUACAAUAAAUGAGCAACAAUGGAAGAAAAAUGAAGCGUAUCUUCGACGAAAUCUCCGACGACGAAUGGGACCACCAUUCAUUUCAGCCGUCGCGCGUUCUCAAAACGACGUCGCAUCGCCAAAAUCAUCAGAAACCGCCUUCUAUCGAAUCCUUUGCGUUUAAAAAGGAUAAGGAGUUCAUUAUCAGCAGUAGCGACGACGAUUGCGUCGAAAUUACUCCUCGGACGGCCGAGGUGGCGGAGGAGAAUCUAGAGGACGAUGACGUGGCGUUUGACGUGGAUGAUGAUUUUGAGGAAGUGGUGGUGAGACAGCCGUCGGUGAGUAAUCGUGGCCGUCGAUUUAUAGUUGAUGAGGAUGAUGAAGAUGGAGAGGGGGAGAGUGAUUUUGCUAAGGUGUAUGAGUUGGAAACAUCAGACGAAGAUUAUGAAGAGGGAGAGGGGAAAGGGAAAUUAGUUGAUGAUGUAGUCGGAAAAGCGUUGCAAAAGUGUGCGAAAAUAUCGGCUGAGCUUAAGAAAGAACUGUACGGCUCUGCGCUUACCUCGUGCGACCGGUAUGCGGAGGUUGAAGCUUCUUCAGUAAGGAUUGUCAAUCAGAGUGAUAUUGAUGCAGCAUGUGAAGUUGUGGAUUCAGAUUUCCAGCCUGUUCUCAAACCAUACCAGCUAGUGGGUGUGAACUUUCUUCUUUUGCUAAACCGGAAGGGCAUUGGAGGAGCCAUAUUGGCAGAUGAGAUGGGACUCGGGAAAACUAUUCAGGCAAUUACAUAUUUAAUGUUGCUGAAAUACAUGAAGGAUGACCCUGGCCCGCAUUUAGUUGUUUGUCCAGCCUCUGUUCUGGAAAAUUGGGAAAGAGAACUUAAAAAGUGGUGUCCAUCAUUUUCUGUGCUCCAGUAUCACGGUGCAACACGAGCUGCAUACUCAAAAGAGUUGAGCUCUUUGGCGAAAGCUGGAUUGCCACCUCCUUUCAAUGUGCUUCUUGUUUGUUAUUCACUCUUUGAACGACACAGUGCACAACAGAAAGAUGAUCGUAAAAUUCUCAAACGCUGGCAAUGGAGCUGUGUUCUAAUGGAUGAGGCUCAUGCUUUGAAGGAUAAGAACAGCUAUAGGUGGAAAAACCUGAUGUCUGUUGCAAGACAUGCAAAGCAGCGCUUGAUGCUAACAGGAACACCCCUACAGAAUGAUUUACAUGAAUUAUGGUCGUUAUUGGAAUUUAUGCUGCCUGAUCUUUUUGCUACUGAGGAUGUUGACUUGAAAAAGCUACUAAAUGGAGAAGACAGAAUUCUAGUUAGUCGUAUGAAGUCCAUUUUGGGACCAUUCAUCUUGAGGCGGUUAAAAUCAGAUGUCAUGCAGCAACUUGUUCCAAAGAUACAGCAGGUUGAGUAUGUUUUAAUGGAAAAACAUCAGGAAGUUGCUUAUAAAGAAGCAAUAGAGGAAUAUCGUACAGCUUCACGUGCUCGUAUGGCAAAGCUGAAAGAUGUAGACCUAAAUACUAUUUUUGGAAUUCUUCCUCAGCGGCAAAUCUCAAACUAUUUUGUUCAGUUCCGCAAGAUAGCUAAUCAUCCAUUAUUGGUGAGGCGAAUUUACAGCGACGAGGAUGUUGUUCGUUUUGCCAAAAAGUUACAUCCAAUUGGUGUAUUUGGGUUUGAAUGCACAUUGGAGAGGGUUAUUGACGAACUUAAGAACUACAGUGACUUUUCUAUUCACAAGCUUCUACUUAAUUAUGAUGAUAAAGGUACUCUUUCAGAAAAGCAUGUCAUGCUUUCAGCAAAAUGUCGGAUUCUAGAGAAGCUUCUUCCUAAACUGAAGAGGGAUGGACAUAAAGUUCUGAUUUUUAGUCAGUGGACCUCAAUGCUCGACAUCUUAGAAUGGACUUUAGAUGUAAUUGGACUGACAUAUAAAAGACUUGACGGAAGUACCCCAGUGGCAGAGAGACAGACCAUUGUUGACGCUUUCAACAACGACAUUUCUAUUUUUGCUUGCCUGCUGUCAACUAGAGCCGGAGGGCAGGGUUUGAACUUGACCGGUGCAGAUACCGUUGUUAUCCAUGAUAUGGAUUUCAAUCCACAGAUUGAUCGGCAGGCAGAAGAUCGAUGUCAUCGCAUUGGCCAAACUAAGCCAGUCACUAUAUACAGGCUGGUGACGAAGAGUACAGUUGACGAGAAUAUUUAUGAGAUUGCUAAACGGAAGCUUAUUUUAGAUGCUGCUGUUCUGGAGUCCGGAGUGGAGGUAGAUGAUGCCGGAAACACUUCGGAAAGGACAAUGGGAGAGAUAUUAUCGUCGCUUCUAAUGGGUUAAGAAUAUCUAGAGAUGUUAUAAUACAAAUUUGAUCGCCCCUUUAUUUUUGUAGCAUCAGCUGUUGUAUUAGAAUUAGGUGUAGUUUAGGCAGAAAGGGGGAAAGGAAAAAGAAACAAUCACAAGUCCAGAAAGAAAAAAAAUGGUCUUACUAUUAGUUGUAGCACUUAUGAUCAAUAAGACUUGAUUAAAUCAAAUACAGAUUCAGAGAGAUUAGAUAUGAUAUGAAUAUUUUAAAUUUUUCCAAAGAAAGACAAAUAGUGUAUUGUGAAUAUAUUGUUUAUCACUAUGUGAAACAGAAUUUGUGCUGGGGUUGAAGAA